UAAUGAUCGUAUUGAUUUAAAAUCUGAUAUUUAAAAUCAUAUGUAAAAGGUCUACUUUUGUGUAUCAUGAAAGAAAGUCAUGCAGAUUUGGAACGACGUGAGAGUGAAUUAACGAUGACAGCGAAUUCACAUUUUUGGGUGAACUAUCACAUGCAUUGCAUCUAAAUUACGACCUAUUUAACACGUCAGUCUGGUCUGAUUUAUCUUCUGGAUCUCAGAUGAUGGAUUCAGCGUCUCUUUAUCUACAUGCUUCAUGACGCCUCUCUGAGUACGUCUGUCCAGGUGGGCGGGGAUGAACCCUGAACCUGCCUUUUCAUGGGAUGCCGCCAAUAAAAAUGAGAUGUCAAUCAUCCUGCGCUGCUGUGGUGUGUUGGAGCCUGUCCAGCUGUCCUUCAGUCCCUCAAACCGUCACUCAGCGUCCCACCAUCCACUGGCGACAGAAUCUCAAUGAUGUUCUUAAGAAGUCACAUUCCCUUUGAUAAGACGUGAAUUACAGCCGUCCUUAAGUAGGUGUUGAGGAGCGCCGUGCUGACGGUACUUUUAUUAAUCAGCUCCGACAUGUUUCAUUGUUAUUCUUGUCCACUGACAUGUCUCAUUGUUUUGAUUGGACCUCCGCUGCCGGAUUUGCAACAGACGGGUGAAACCGAAAGAGCAUCAAGUGGAAAAAGUCUCUCUGGAUGUCUGUGAUCUCUGGUCAGAAACAUGAAGAGAAGAAGGUCUAAUUGGAGCUAAACCUGCACAUUCGUUGUGUGCUGGAUAGCAAGUAUAAACAAAAAUAGCAUAGGCGAGGAAUACAGUUGUACAAUAUACUGUUUUUACACUCGUGCAUUUAUAUUUGGCAUUUUAAGAAUUUGAUCAAGAAGAUUAAUUGAUUCUGAUGUUCUUUAGACAUCACAGUGAUGUUGUUUUGUUUGAGACUAAAGGUUUAAAUGUUUUAAUGGCAAGACUUGUAGCACUUUAAAACAUUUUUAUAGAGGAAAAACUGAUUUAUAUUCACAUUUUUGAUGCGUAUUGCAUAGAAAUGGUUUGGAAUUUAUAAUUGCUGUUCAUGCGGUUCAAGUGAUUUCAGUCUUCUUUUUAUUUCUCAGUAUAGACGAGAACAAUUUUUAGUGCUAGUGCAACAAAAUGAAGAGAAAAGUAUGUGCAUUAGUGUUGAGUAUCCGUGGCGCUCAGGAGGAGGAGCCUCCCGAUGCCCAGCUGAUGCGAUUGGACAACAUGCUGCUGGCGGAGGGCGUGUCCGGGCCGGAGAAAGGGGGCGGGUCUGCGGCGGCAGCGGCGGCGGCGGCAUCGGCUGGAGUCGGAGCCGAUAACUCGGCCGAACACUCCGAUUACAGAGCCAAACUCACCCAGAUCCGCCAGAUCUACCACACCGAGCUGGAGAAGUACGAACAGGCGUGUAACGAGUUCACGACCCAUGUGAUGAACCUGCUGAGAGAGCAGUCUCGCACGCGGCCCAUCUCGCCCAAAGAGAUCGAGCGCAUGGUCGGCAUCAUCCACCGCAAGUUCAGCUCCAUCCAGAUGCAGCUCAAGCAGAGCACCUGCGAGGCCGUCAUGAUCCUGCGCUCCCGCUUCCUCGACGCCAGGAGGAAAAGACGAAACUUCAACAAACAGGCCACAGAGAUCCUGAAUGAAUAUUUCUACUCCCAUCUCAGUAACCCGUAUCCCAGCGAGGAGGCCAAAGAAGAGCUGGCCAAGAAGUGUUCGAUCACCGUCUCGCAGGUGUCCAACUGGUUCGGAAACAAACGGAUCCGAUAUAAGAAGAACAUCGGAAAAUUCCAGGAAGAAGCCAACAUGUACGCGGCCAAAACUGCUGUGAACGCGGCGAGUGUUGUGGCACAUGGCAGCCAGGCCAACUCCCCGUCCACUCCAAACUCGGCAGGUUCUGCUGGCUCUUUUAACAUGUCAAACUCUGGCGAUUUGUUUAUGAGUGUUCAGUCUCUGAACGGGGACUCGUACCAGGGCUCUCAGGUGGGAGCCAAUGUGCAGUCACAGGUGGAUACCCUUCGCCAUGUUAUCAGCCAGACAGGAGGAUACAGUGACGGCCUCGCAGCAAACCAGAUGUACAGUCCGCAGGGCAUCAAUGCGAACGGUGGCUGGCAGGACCCCACCACCCCGUCCUCGGUCACCUCCCCCACAGAAGGACCCGGAAGCGUUCACUCCGACACCUCCAACUGAUCCUCACACACACGGACUGUCUCCAUCCCCGCACCGCAGCGUACAUCAUCAAACGUCUUCAUGCUACCUCUCAAACAUCCACACGUCACAUCCAGACCAAGACAACAGGACGUUUAGACUAGACACAUAGCUCUAUACUGUAUGUCGACCCUGCCUUCAUUGUCACAACAAACAUCACGUUAUGUUUGAAACAUUUUUGCAAUUUUACCAUAGUGCCAAAGUACUUUUAUACAUCACUUUAGAAACUCGUUUUACAUUAUAAUAGACUUGUGCUUGAAAAAGCAGUUUGCACUGCGCCUGAGCUGAACUAGAUUUCUGUUCGUCUAAUAACCUUUGCUUUGAAUCUCGAAAUAUUUGGUUUACGUGCAUAAGGGAAAAUCAUAAUUUUCCUGCUUUAGUGAGAAAUAAAGGCAAUGCGUUUUAGACAUAGAUAUCAAAAUAUUCAUUUCUAAAGGUUAUUAGCACAACGGUAUCGUUAUUUUGCAUUUGAAAUAAGAUUCACGUGCGUCACACUUUGGUUUAUUCAUGUUAUCUUGAUGAAUUUUUGUCUGAUAUUUAUGUACAGACACAUAAAUCCCUUUAUAUAUCAUCGUCAUCAUCAUCAGCGCACAUCAGAAUGCAAUAAAAGGCAAUCAGAAGUGAACCAAUCCCAAAUGUGAAAUGGCUUUCUUUUCCGGUUUCAUUCCACGUCAGCCUUCUCUCCGGGCGACCUUGAUACCAAAAACCACAGUCGUGUCCGCUCUUCCGUUCACAUCACAUCCUUCAUGCUGUAAAUCGUGUCAAAUCUGGGAUGCGUCCCGGUGCGUUAUACCUGAAACCAAAAAUCCACUCGUGUUUCUUGAGAAGAAAGGAAAAGCUCACGAUGGCACACAAAUGCAGAAAUCGGUUUGGAUAUAUUUUUUGAUGCCCUCCUGUUGUGAAUAGCCGAUUGUCAUUUCUGAUUUCAUAUACGAACGGCCAUAUAUUUGAUUUCUCGCAAGCAUAAUGUGAAUGCGCGCUAGCUUCUAUAUGUAGAUGUGCACCUUUACUCUUCUUUUGCUCUUUUCAUAACAAUGGCAUCCACGUCUAAAACGAUUAGGUCUUUACGGAAGCGCUGCUCCUGACAGUCGCUCAGUUGAUUGAGAAUGAGACAUGUAGAGGUUUUGGAGCUCUAGAUAGUGUGGGUCAUAGUCUUUCUUUGGUUUGCCGUCUCAUCGCCGGAGCAGAUCCCACCUCAGCAGCACCGUAUUCAGAAAAGCCUCAUAUAAUGAUGCUUUUAGUUUUUGCAUAUACAGCGGUUUGUAAAACAUCAAAUGUUUACUUUGUUGCAUGUCUUUUGUUCUUUAAACUCCUGCAGUGUUUUUGAAUGUUUCUUCUUUUUUAUAUCAAGCGCAGAGACAUUCUCUUGUCAAGUUUUAACUUUUAAGAUCUCUGCAUAUGUAUAAAAGGAAUAAAAUGGAACAGCAAACUAUUGUCUUUUUGAUUCCAACUCGUUUUUGUGAAGAAAAACUAACAAGGUGUAGGUUUUUUGGUCUCUUAAUUUGUACUGGUAAUGCAUAUUCCAAAUAAAUAGUUUCUUUUGU